AUGUGGAUGAAAUCAGUUUUCCAGUUUGGUUUCUUCCUAUCUAUAAGUUAUGGACAAGAGACUUCAGAUGCCACUACUCUAGACAUGGACCAGUUUGCUUGGCUUACUCCUUUGUUUGGCAACAUCUCAGAGCAGUGUGAACAGGAUAGUAUCCUCUACAGAGAUCAGCUCAUCUCAAUUAUACCAAAAGGGAGGGCAGACCCAACACCAGGCAUUCCUCCUGCACUUCAGAUGUUUGAUGCCAAUGGAAGAUUGCCCAUGGAGGGAUUUCUCUCAGAUUCAAUAGAUAUUGGUCCUCUUGACUUAUGCCAAAUAUUAAAUUUAGACUCUUGUUCUUUACCCAAUGCUAUAAGAUAUGUAACUUUAAAACUUCCGAUUGGGUUUACUUCAAACCCUGGAAGCUAUGAAGAAUGUCUCUCAACCACUGAAUUAGAAACAAGAUACUGUACUGUAAAACUAAAAGGGCCUGAUAUUGGAAUAGGUGGUGGUCUUCCAACUCGACCUGGAGGGCGAAAUUUUAUUCCAAACCUUGAAAAUUAUUCUCAACUUCUUCAGAAAAUUGAUCUUUUUAGACGUUCAAAAAAUUUAAGUCCACAGUUACCAGCUUUGAAUCUGUUAGAUCCUCAAAAUUUCAACAAAACUUUAGAACUUAUCUCUGAAGCUUUGGACAUAGAUGAAGAAAUGGAAAAUCUACAGGAGCAGAUUCUAUUACUUUUUGUUUCUGUCUACAGUGCUAUUGGUCAACCUCAGAUUGGAAUGUGUUUUCCUAAAAGCUGUUCUGCUGAAGAUAUUAAUGAAAACUAUAAGGUGCUGACUGCAAAUUCUUUUAACCCUAUAGAGAUCACAUUAAAUGGAACAACAUUUCAAAUACCCUUGACCAGUAACCUGACAAUUGAGACAACGGCUAAAAUCUGCUUUACUAAUGAAAACAGAAGUGGUGUACCAGACAAAAUGCCUCUUGUGAAUAUUUUGUUUUAUGCAGUUUUUGCACUUAUUGGUGUGUUUACAAUUGCUGGGACAUUGUAUGAUCUACUUCAACCUCAUCUUAGUAAAGACAAGAAAGAAACAUCAUUCUUUUUAAAAAUUGUUCUUUGUUUUUCAGCUUACACAAAUGGAAAACGUCUGUUAUCUACAACAGCUGCUGGCUCAGACCAUCUUGGCUGUUUGAAUGGUAUGAGGUUUAUCAGUAUGACCUGGGUUGUCUUAGGUCAUAGUUUUACAUCAUCUUUGGCGGCCAGAAACAUUGGAACAAUACUUCCAUUAUUCACUGGGGGUGCAGGUAUGGCAUUCGAAGCAGUUCUUAAUGCACUUCCAUCAGUAGACACAUUCUUUUUAAUGUCUGGAAUUUUAACAGCCUUUAUCUUGUUUAAAGAAUUAGAUAAAUGUGGGUACGAUGGAACAAAGCACACCAUCACAUUUAUCAUGUACUACGUUCAUAGGUAUCUGAGGCUAACCCUGCCAUAUGUUCUAAUAAUGGGAGUAGUAAUAUCUGUAUUACCGUACACAUUUUAUGGACCUGGUUGGGCCACAGUGGUCAGGGCAGGGGAGGACUGUAAAACUAAUGGAUGGGCCCAUUUACUUUACAUUCAUACAUUACUGAAAUCAACCGCAGAUCAAAACAACAACACAUGCAUGAUAGUUACAUGGUAUUUAGUAGAUGACAUGGUGUUUCAUUGGUUUUCACCUCUCAUUAUAUACCCAAUGUUCUUUGCAUACAAGAAGACCAAAAGACAUCUGUAUGGACUUGCCUGGUGGUCAUUUGCUACUCUUUGCUUUACAUUUUGUGUGUUCUACAUAGCGUAUACGACCCACCAACCUCCUUCAACAGCUACCAAUGUUCCUGGCCUAGAAACAAAUUAUACCUAUCAUGUAAGUUUCUACUUUGCUCCUUGGACAAGAUACCAGGCAUAUCUGGUUGGAAUACUAUUAGGAUACAUCCUGCAUCAUACCAGAGGAAAGACAGUUACAAUUGAUGAGAAAGUAAACAUCCUGAUGUGGCAGGUGGCAUUUCUUGGGGCUUUUGGGGUGGUAUAUGGUCUUUAUAAUGUUAGAGCUUCUCAAGAAAUGACUUUGUUUGCAGCCACGAUGUAUAAUACAUUUCAACGACUGGCAUGGAAUGGAGCUCUUGCUUGGGUUAUUUUUAGUUGUGCCAAAGGUUAUGGAGGAAUGGUCAAUGAUUUCCUUUCCUGGUCUGCGUUUGCACCAUUGGCCAGAUUAACCUUUUGCACAUACCUCAUUCACAUGGAGAUAAUUAAAAUGUUUGAAGCAUCAGUUCUUAGUUCAUUCCCAAAUGAUUUUAGCAUGUGGACUCAAGUUUGGUACUUUCUUGGGACAUUGUUGAUAUCAUUAACUGUUGCGUUUGUAUUUGCGGUAGUGUUUGAAUCUCCCAGUGUUAGAGUUGAGAAGCUGGUUGUGGAAUCCCUCUUAUCAUCAAUUGUAUCCGGUAAAUCCAAAAGCACAUUGAACGGUCAAACUUUGACACUGAAAGCACCAUUACAAGCUUAACAUUAGCAAUGGGAACCAUAACAAAUACAGUUACAGAGGAGAGCUAAAUUUUCCAAUAAGCAUAUCAAAAUGAGACUGAUAGUUAAAAUAAUGAAUGCCACAAGCACUUUCUAGAAACCAUGAUAAAGAUACAUGUACCUUUGAAUAAAUAGAUUUUUGAUAUUAA